CAAAAUUGUCAAUGUCAAGAAAUGAUAUAUUUUGAAAAAAUAUUCCUAUCAUUCGGAAAUAAUUAUAUCGAUUUUCCACAGUAAAUUAAAGUAGAUUAUUGUAAGAUUUUCGCUGCUUCGUUUUAUUACAUAAAAUGGGCAAAAAAGGUGUUGUUGCAUUUGUGAAAGAUUUUUAUUACGACCCCUUCAAAUGGUCAGUAGUCAAGAGUGUCGGCUUCUUCGCAGUCGGUGUGAUAAUCGCGAGCGAGUGCACAGGCCUGGAGCCCAUGCCCGCGAUUCCUCAGUAAAUUAAAAAAAAUAUAUUCCAAUAAGCUAAACACAAUGUUAAAAUACCUAUUUUUAUUAUUAGUUGCGCAAACCGCGCGCUGUGAAAAAAGACCUAAUUUUGUUGUUAUAUUGACAGACGAUCAAGACGUUGUUUUGGAUGGUAUGAGCCCGAUGAAAAAUGUCCAAAGGUUUAUUGCCGAUGAGGGUAUAACAUUUACUAAUUCUUUCGCGGCGUCCCCAAUUUGCUGUCCAAGCAGAUCAAGCAUUCUCACAGGGCUGUACGUUCACAACCAUGGCACCAAAAACAACAGUUUGGACGGAGGUUGUUACGGCGAGCGCUGGCGAGCGAACGAAGAGCGCGUAUUCGCGAAUGCGUUGCAAUCCGCUGGCUAUAAGACGUUUUACGCUGGAAAAUACUUGAACCAGUACGGCAUAAAAGAGGCUGGCGGCACAGCGCGCGUUCCGCCCGGCUGGACGGAAUGGCACGGAUUGGUCGGCAACUCUGUAUACUACAACUACACACUGUCGAGUAAUGGCGUCGCUACACACUCCACGGACUUGUAUCUCACUGAUGUUAUUAGAGACCUCGGCGUCAGCUACAUAGAGAACCAGACGGAAUCUCAGCCGUUCCUGAUGGUGUUGGCGCCCCCCGCCCCGCACGAGCCCUUCACUCCCGCGCCCCGACACAAGGGCACCUUCAGCAAUAUCACCGCUGUCAAACAUCCCAACUUCAAUAUUGCUGCCGUAGACAAACACUGGCUGAUGACAAUGCCGCCGUCGCCCCUACCCGAGUCUAUGGUACCGGAGUUAGACAAGAUAUACAGGUCCAGAUGGGAAUCGCUCUUAGCUGUGGAUGAGAUGGUUGCUGAUGUAGUCCAAGCGUUGUAUGAAGCGGCGCUAAUUGAUAACACAUACUUAAUUUUUACCUCUGAUAAUGGAUACCAUGUUGGUCAAUUCUCCCAACCUUUCGAUAAGCGACAGCCCUACGAAACAGACAUAAGAGUGCCUCUAGUAAUACGCGGCCCUAAACUCAUGAAAAAUAUCGAAAACGACCAGCCUGUAACCAACAUAGACCUAGCUCCGACUAUAUUAAAAUUAGCCGGUGUGAAAGGCCCCGAUAUGGACGGCAAAGCUAUAGAUUUCGAAGGAGAUGUGGAGGAGAGAUAUACACUGGUGGAAUAUUUUGGGGAAGGUGGCGGGUCUAUGAAUCCGAAAUGUCCUUGGGCUUUUGAUAAGCAAAAUUUGGAACUUUGUGCACCAAAAAGCUUGUGCAAAUGUCAGGAUUCGAGAAAUAACACGUUCGCGUGCGUGCGUCACGUCGCCCAAUUGGUGAACAUGAAGUAUUGUAUAUUUGCCGACAAAAAGCAAUUCGUGGAAAUGUACAACUUGGCGAGUGAUCCCUACGAAAUGAACAACAUAGCGAAUGAAGAGUUUCAGUCCAUUGUACUUUGGUACGAAAACGCAUUAGCCCACUUGCUCAAAUGUAAGGGUGCUGAUUGCAAAUAUCCUGUUUAAAUCUUCAUGUUUUCUUUAUUUAAAAAUAAAAUCCCUUCUAAAACCGAUUCAACACGUCAAAAAUCAACUAAAAACAUAUACAUCAGAAUAUUAUGGCGAUCGCUAUUCACUAGUGCCACCAUCGCAUUUUAAUUGAUAACGAAAACUGUAGUAAUCUAUGGUAUUUUUUUCGAUUUCACUGUAUUAAUAAAAAUAAAUUGAUAAAAAAUUUUUUUUUUUAUUGUGAUAAUGGCGCUAGUCUGCGCGUAGGCCCAGUCUGAAGUAGGCUAUGUAUUAUGCUCACACGCAUUAUUAAAUGUUUAGUAAGCUUAACAAAUAUUUUCUUGUAUAAAAGAGUGUAAAAAAUUUAACGAUAAAUUGCAUUUUCAAAUUAAUUGAACCUAAAUGUAACAGUGUGUUGUAAAGUGUAGACAGUCUGUGACUAAAAAUUUAAAAAAACGAAAAUAUAUUUUGCUCAAGGAUAAA